GGAGAACAUGCAAACUCCACAUAGAAGGGCCCAGACCGGGAUUCAAACCUGGAACCCUCUUGCUAUGAGGCGACAGUGCUAACCACUGUACCACUGUGCUGCCUGGACACCAUGCAUUUAUGUAGAAAUGGCUCCAUCUGGUGUCCACAAACAGAAUGACGGUCACUCAGCAACCUGUCCUCCUCUACCAGCUCCUCACUCCUCCUCCACCGGAGGGUCUCUGUGUCGAGGACGCUCAUUGGUCAGUGUCUGUGCGUGAGGUGAGUGCUGAUUGGCUGAGCGUCCUGUCUGCCGUCUCUCUGGUGAGGGAGCGGACAGAGUCAGCUGCUCAGUCGGGACUCUGAUGUUCCCGAGGCAGGAUGGGCUCCAGCAGCUCCAGCGUGGACCACAUCCCCGACGCCCAGCAGCUCAUGCAGGAAACUGGCUUCUCUGCUGCCCACAUCGUUCGUCUCUACGACAGGUUUGACUUUCUGGACAAAGACAAGAGUGGACAGCUCAGGCCUCAGGACUUCGGAGCGGUCCGGGAGUUGGCCCUGAACCCCAUCGGGGACAGGAUCAUCGGCGCCUUUUUCUCUGCAGGGCAGGAAACGGUGGACUUUGCCUCCUUCGUUCGGAUUCUGGCUCAUUUCCGUCCCGCAGACACGAGCCGACCCAGAAGCGGAGCCCAGCCGGCGGCCAACAGCAGCGCCAGGAAGCUGAAAUUUGCUUUCCAGCUGUACGAUCAGGACAGAGACGGAAAGAUUUCCAGAGCAGAGCUUCUUCAGGUACUGCGGGCGAUGCUGGGGAUGCAGGUGACAGAGGAGCAGCUGCAGAGCAUCGCUGAGCGAGCCAUCCGCGAGGCCGACCUGGACAAAGAUGACGCCAUCUCGUUUGACGAGUUCAGGAAGUCACUGGAGAAAGUGAACAUCGAUCACAAGAUGAGUAUUCGCUUCCUGAGAUAAAGGCGCCACCCGCUAAGAUCUGUUUUGUCUCUUGUCGGAAAGAAGACGAUGAGGAGUUUGUCUUUCCUGCCGGGGGACGAAGGUGGAAGUGAAGAGACCAGGAGGUUCACCACCACUAAAGCCGUGAAGUCCGUCUCCACAGCACAGGAGUGUCUCGCAGCGUCAACAGGGAGAAAACUAAACCGUCUGUCAAGUAUCUCCAUGAGAAAUGUUGUGCCCUUCAGUGUUAAAUAAAUAACUAUAACUUG